GCCGCCGUGACAAGGUCUCUGCGCAUGUGCAGGGUGAAACGGAAAGAAGGUGAAGAUGGCGGCGGCCAGAGCGGGGGUCCUGGGAAUCCGAUGGUUGCAAAAGGCAGCCCGAAACGUGGUGCCGCUGGGGGCACGGACAGCCUCCCACAUUACCAAGGACAUGCUCCCGGGACCCUAUCCCAAGACCCCAGAAGAACGGGCUGCCGCCGCCAAGAAGUAUAAUAUGCGGGUGGAAGACUACGAGCCGUACCCAGAUGAUGGCAUGGGGUAUGGUGACUAUCCGAAACUGCCUGACCGCUCACAGCAGGAGAGGGAUCCAUGGUAUGACUGGGACCACCCAGACCUGCGGUUGAACUGGGGUGAACCGAUGCACUGGGACCUGGACAUGUAUAUCAGGAACCGUGUGGACACGUCCCCGACUCCUGUUAAUUGGAACCUCAUGUGUAAGCACCUUUUCGGCUUCGUCGCCUUCAUGCUGUUCAUGUUUUGGGUAGGGGAGACUUACCCCUCCUACCAGCCUGUGGGGCCAAAGCAGUAUCCUUACAAUAAUCUGUACCUGGAACGAGGCGGCGAUCCCAGCAAAGAACCUGAGCCAGUGGUUCACUAUGAGAUCUGAGGAGGCUUCAUGAGCUUUGUGUUCCCUAACUGACUCCUUCAAUCCUAGAAAUUUAACUUUAAUGAAAUCCCUAAUAAAACUUUGUGCUGUGGUA